CCGAACGUAAACACAGUAAAUGCCGAAAGCUUGCUAAGCAGGGAGACUGUCUUUUCUGUUUUAUAUAAAACAAAUAUUAUGUUUUAGCUAAGUUAUGUCCGGUAGCGUUAUAGUUAAACAUGAAACCCCGAUACCUGAAAACAAUGGUAGAAAAUUGGCGAAAACCGAAGACAUGAAAGCUAGGCCUAGUAGUAGCAGCAGAAAAAACGUCAGUAGGCCACACUGCAAUCCAUUACCUGGAACGCGUGGAUGUGGUGAUAUGUCAAGUGCAAUUCCUACUAGGCCUAGGCCUAACGUACAUAGCGAUGGUAAUGGUACCUUGGCGCAUUUUUACUUUGACAAAGAACGAUUCAUAUUCUGGACCAGUUUCUUCUUUAUGAUAAUUUUAGCCUUUGGGACAAGAUUGUACAAAUUGGAUGAACCCAAACAUGUAUGUUGGGAUGAAACACAUUUUGGCAAGAUGGGAAGUUAUUAUAUUAAUAGAACAUUUUUCUUUGAUGUGCAUCCACCUCUGGGAAAGAUGCUAAUUGGCCUGUCAGGUUUUCUAUCAGGAUACGAUGGAAGAUUUUCAUUUGAAAAACCAGGAAUCAAAUACGAAGAAACUGAAUAUCUUGGAAUGCGACUGUUUUGCAGUUUGCUAGGCUCCAGCAUUAUUCCUUUAUGUUUUGGUAUUGUGUGGGAGAUGACUCAUUCUUCAACAGCAUCUACAUUAGCUGCAUUUAUCAUCAUCUUUGACACCGGGUGCCUCACUCUAUCACAGUACAUUCUACUGGAUCCGAUUUUACUGUUCUUCAUCACUAUGGCAACAUAUAGCGCUCUGAAGUUCAAAAGUUUGUCAAACUCACCUUUCUCUUUUCAAUGGUGGUUCUGGAUGGCUACCACUGGAUUAUUUUUAUCAUUCUCGUUCAGUGUCAAAUGGGUUGGUCUCUUCAUAAUUUUAUUAGUUGGUGCUAUGACAGUAGCUGAGCUCUGGCAGUUGCUGGGCAACGUGGCUUUAUCAAAGAUGGAGAUAGCCAAGCAUUUUUUUGCCAGAGUUUCCUGUCUGAUAGUUCUUCCAGUGUUUUGCUACCUUGUCAUUUUUUUCAUUCAUUUUAAAGUACUAAAUCACAGUGGAACUGGGGAUGGAUUUUAUAGCUCUUCAUUCCAGUCAAGUCUUAUUGGAAAUAACUUAUAUCAAGCUCAUAUGCCUGAAGACCUUGCGUAUGGUUCAAUUAUCACCUUGAAAAAUCAACGUGCAGCUGGUGGCUUACUUCAUUCUCACUGGCAUCUGUACCCUGAAGGCGUAGGAGCUAGGCAACAGCAGGUCACUGCCUAUACACAUAAAGAUGACAAUAACAAGUGGUUAGUGAAACGUUUUGAUCAUGAUCCGUCCGAAAAUGAUGAAGUAUCAUUUGUCCAUCAUGGUGAUGUGGUUCGUCUGGAACAUGUUCCAACUCGUAGAAAUCUUCACAGUCACGUAGAACCUGCUCCGGUUACAAAACGACAUCAACAAGUUACAUGCUAUGGUACGAACGGCACAGGCGAUGUGAACGAUGUAUGGCGAGUUGAUAUUGUUAACGGUCAGGUGGGUGACCGUAUUAAAACUGUGGUGACGAAGCUGCGGUUGAUCCACUACACCACCGGAUGCGCCUUGCACUCGCACUCCAAGCAGUUACCAAAAUGGGGCUGGGAGCAGAUGGAAGUGACAUGUAACCCACAUAAGAGAGAUAUAAAAAAUAUAUGGAAUGUAGAGGAUCACUUCAACCCCAAGUUACCAAACGUUAGUUUCGAGCUGUUUGCACCUUCAUUCCUGGAAAGUGUACUGGAGUCACAUGUCGUCAUGGCACAGAGCAACAGUGGUCUGAAACCGAAAGAAGGAGAAAUUACUUCAAGACCUUGGCAGUGGCCUAUUAAUUACAGAGGUCAACGGUUUUCUGGGGCAAAUGAAACUGAGGUGCGUAUUUACUUGUUGGGCAACCCUGUGCUUUGGUGGGGCAACUUAUGUUGCCUUGCUGUGUUUCUUAUAUGCUUUACACUAUGGGCUAUAAGGUACCAGCGUAGGUGUGACGGCGGAGUCCCAGAAACAGAUAAAGAUGGUGAGGUGAUGAUAAAUUGUGCCUGGCUGUUCCUAGGCUGGAUCCUUCACUACCUACCCUUUUACUUCAUGGGACGUGUCCUCUAUUUUCAUCAUUACUUCCCUGCUAUGCUUUUUAACAGUAUGCUAUCAGGCAUUUUGAUUGAUCAUGUAGUUAGCCGUGUACAGAGUAAACUACAAACCCACCUUAACUUCAAUGUACGACUAUGGGUGCAUGGUCCACUCUUUUCCAUUAUAGUGUACAGUUUUUACCUGUUUAGUCCUUUGUCCUAUGGAAUGAAUGGGUUGUAUGCCAGUAAAGAAAAUAGCACCUUCAGUCAUCUAAAGUGGCUAGAUUCAUGGGAAAUAUAACUCAAUUUCCAGGGGCAAUCAUUAUUGUUCACUAAUACAAAAAGUCAAAAAAAUGUAAGAAAAGAAUGAGCAGUAUAUUGAGUUCAAAUGAGAUAUUUAAACUGUAGCCGUUGAUAUUGUUCACCAUCAUUGAAUUAAAAUUUAGAUCAGCUAUUCAAAAAUGUCAUGCCUUGAAAACUAUUUUGUGUUUGUCGUGAUAAUUUUUACCACCUUUGCAACUGUUCCACCUCCUUUUUGGUUAAUGCACUUUCUAAUCUAUGGUAAUUUAUUUAUUAUUACAGUAUAUAAUCUAUGUUAUGUAUUAUAAUUAUUAAAUAUUUUUUUUUAUAUAUAUUUUAUAAUAUGUUGGUCCAUUAUAUACUUUAUGUACUUGUA